CAACAGCUUCCAUCGAGUCGCGAAGUCGUCACCUCCUCUACCUCCUCCUCUACCUCCCCCUCUACCUCCUCCACCUCCUCUACCUCCUCAAUUGCCUCGCGACAUCAACAACCCUCCCACAGCAGCAGCGGCAGCGGAAUCAGCAACAACGAAGUCAACACCCGCCACUGAGGCCUACACCGCCAUGCAGCCUGCGGUCUCUGCCCAAGCCGCGUCGCAUUCUGCGGGGGAGAUUCAGGCGAGGGGCGGUGGCUGCGGCGAGGAGGAGGAGGAGGAGGAUGAAGCGAUGCAGUUGCUGACCAUCGUAACCGGCGAUCUCAUCUCCGGCUACGUGGCUCACCUGACGCAGCAGACGGAGCAGCAGCAGCAGCCUGUGCAGCAGCAGCAGCAGGGGCUGCAGCAGGGGCUGCAGCAGCAGCUGCAGCAGCAGCUUCAGCAGUUGCAGGAGCAGCUCCCGGCGGUGCAGCAACAUCUCCUGCUGUCGCAGCAGCAGCAGCAGCAGUGGAUGGAGAAGCUCUGGCAGCAGCAAUUCCAGCACAUGCAGCAGGUGCAGGAGCAGCUCCAGCAGGUGCAGCGGCAACAGGAGCUUGUGCAGCAGCUGCAGCAGCAGGAGCAGCUCCUGGAUGUGCAGCAGCAGCAGCAGCUGCUGCAGGAGCUGCAGAAGAAGUAUCAGCUCCAGGAGGUGCAGCUGAUGCGUCGGUUCAAGCAGCUGCACCAAAUGCAGCAGGAGCAUUUCCAGCAGUUGCAGCAGUUCAAGGAGUGGCAGGAGCUGCAGCGGCAGGCGCGGAAAAUCCAGCGGCAGCUCCGGGAGGUGCGCUCGCUGCUCCAGACCUCCCGGCGGCUCGUGCGGCUGCGUGUGGAGCUUCUGCAGGAGGCGCUCGACACCCGAGGAGACGCGUUGCUGGCGGAGUUCGAAGCCUCCAUCCCAGACUUUGUGAGGCGCGCGGAGGAGCUGGCGAAGCAAGUGGACCCGCGCCGGCUGGUCGUGACCCUGGCCUGGCAGGUUCUCACCGCGGGGCCCAUGAGCUGGGGCUGCGUGCUGUCCAUGGUGGUGUUUUGCGCGCUGCUCGUCAAGAACCUGAGGGCCUCCGGUCGUCUGGGCGACUCGGAGGAGACUUGGCCCUUGACGGACGCGGUGGCCGCUGUGCUGUUGACCACACGCAAGACCUGGCUCAUGGAACAGGGAGGCUGGGAGGGCUUCCUGCGAGCGUUCGGGCCGGGGACGCCCACCUAGGAGAGGAGCCGCAGACGCCGAGCUCCGAUGGGCGGCGAUUGUGGAGACAAGAAGAGAGAGACAGAGAGAGACAGAGAGAGAGACAGAGAGAGAGACAGAGCGAGACGGAGAGACAGAGACUUUUGACUUUUUACACAACUUUUAUUGCCGCCAGGAGCAACAGCACUGGAGGCGAUUCCGAUAUGAAAUACAGUCACCAGCAAACAAACGAAUAAACGCUGUAAAUCCACACGCCGUGGCGCUAAAUGCAGCGCAACACGAAAGAAAAGUCACGUGGUGGUUGUUGUUGUGGUGGUGGUUGUGGUGGUGGUGGUCAUCUCGCACGCCACGGUGACGAGAGAGCGCCUCAGAAGAGAGAGAACGGCCAUCACCAAGCCAUGUCAAUUUUUACUUUUCUCUUUACAAAAAUGAGGCUUCCAUUAACGUGUGGUCCGACCUCUGUCAGGCGUUGAACAGUGAAAUAGUACAAGUCGUUCGAAAGUGCAUCGUAAUAUCUGCAUCGUUAAUAUUUUUAAACUUGAGGGAAUUAAUUUUUUGGCAGUGGCAAUGAGAGAUGCAAACAUUGAAAUGGCUCAGGGUUUGAAUCAGAUGAAAAUUCAGAGGAGUUAAAACGUGCUAACUACCAACCUAAAUGUUCAAACAAUUGUCGGGGGAUACGUGUUGAUUGUGUGCGUUUACACAAUUUGACUUGAAGUCUUGAAAACUGGUUACACAGAAACAAAACUUACAGCCAAGAAAUUGUGACGUGUUGUUUUAAAUUGCCUGAAUUUCUGUAAAACACUGUUUAAGUGACAAUGUCAGACUGUUGUUGUCUUUGAUCGUUCAUAAUGAAUUUUGUGUGUUCAGCGUUACCGACGUAAGUCGUGAUUUUUAAACGUAAUCUUAACUUUUAAUGGAACAUAAAUCUUAAGUAAUAGAGCUCUGUGAAAAUAUAUAGCUGGAUACUCGCAGUCACCUCAAAAAAAGUAAGUUUCAUGUUCCGACAAAAGGAUUAUUUUGAAAGUGUUCGU